AUGUCGCUGGCCAGUAAACCAAUAGAAUCUCGUCACAAAAAAACGAUUUUCCUUACCAUAUCAACAAUGAAUAAUCUCUUUGAUAACACUGAGAAAUUCGUGAAAUACAAUCGAAAACAAUGCGACGCACCACAGAUUCAAAGUGUGUUAAAUCCAGCGAACGAAGUUUUUAUCAGUGAACAACAAGCGAGAGAUUUAGGAAUUAUUUUCAAUGGUUACUAUCGAAAUGGUUAUGGUGGAUUGAUUCCAUUAAAUAUCGCUGCCAACAAAGGUCUUGUUCAAUUCACUACUGAUGAUAAAAUCCAAAUUGAAUAUCAUUCGAGACAAUCACCGAUUCAGACUAUUCUUACUAUCCAUGAAGUUUAUGAUAGUACUCGUCAAUGUAUGAUUCCGUGUCGGCAAGCAAUCGAGAAGGGUUAUGUUAAGCUUCAAACAUUUUCAUAUUUGUCCAUGACAAUCCAUGAUGCAUUUUAUCGAGGAUUGAUCACCGGUGAAUUGUCGACCAAAGUAACUGAGUCGAAACCGAUCAUUCAUGUCAAUGACAAGAGUGAUGUUGAGUAUGACAACGUAUUUUCAUCAUUGACAAAUAUCAUCAAUUGUUUGAGUGAAUUUCGAAACGCGAUUCAUAUCAGUGAUCAAUGUGAAUUAACUUCCCAGGGUUUUAUUCAAGAGAAGAAAACUGGGAAAGAAUAUCUGCUGACACAAGCAAUAGAACUUGGAUUUGUAUCUAUCAAAGAUAUUUCGUCGAAAAGUCAAUGUAAACAGUCAACAAAUGAUUCAACUCUAGUCAAUGAAACAAUGUCAACAACAAUCAUGAAUGACAGUCGAAAUGAUCAUGAAUUGAUGCCGUAUUUUUCGGAUACGUUCAUCUUCGAUCUGCUCAAAGUGACCAAUGAUCCACUGAACGAAUACGAUACAUGUGAGCGAUUUCAAACAGCUGCAAAACAAUUCUUAUCUCCAUUGAAUACAUGUUAA